CCAGGCAGCCAAAGGCGCAGGAGGCUUGCCGGGAAGAUGGCAGCGUCCAGGAGGGCCGAAGUGCUGCGCCUUUAUCGGGCCUUGCUGCGGGAAAGCCAGGCUUUCAGCGCCUACGGCUACAGGACAUAUGCCAUCAGAAAAAUAAGAGAUGCCUUUAGAGAAAACAAAAACAUCAAGGAAUCAUCAGAAAUAGAUACACUAAUCAACAAAGCAAAAACUAAUCUGGAAAUGAUGCACCGGCAGGUCACUAUUGGUCAAUUGUAUACAGCAGAGAAGCUUGUUAUUGAGUGCCCACGAAAAGCAUAAUUCUGGUGUAAGUAAAGGACAACUACUGACAAUUCUCAACAUUCUACAACAGGCAGAGAUUUACAUUUAAACGCACAUUGCCAUCUGUAUAUAUGACUAAGCUAUCUUAUUCCUCUGGUUUGAAAGCAUAAUAAUAAUUGUACAAAGUAUAGUUGUAUUAGAAUUUUAUAAUUUACAUGCCAAUAAAAUGGAUUGGUUUCAUUGUAUAUUAAUGUCAUUGUUUGCUCAUCCGUUUUCCUGACAAUAAAAUAUUUGCUCACUUC